AGCAGGCUGCGCGCGGGCCGCCGGGCCCGAGGCCGGAGCCAUGGGCGAGACCAAGAUCAUCUACCACCUGGACGGCCAGGAGACUCCGUACCUGGUGAAGCUGCCCCUGCCCGCCGAGCGCGUCACCUUGGCGGACUUUAAGAGCGUCCUGCAGCGGCCCAGCUAUAAGUUCUUCUUCAAGUCCAUGGACGACGAUUUCGGGGUGGUGAAAGAGGAGAUCUCCGAUGACAAUGCCAAGCUACCCUGCUUCAAUGGCCGCGUAGUAUCCUGGCUGGUGUCAGCGGAGGGCUCUCACCAAGAGACAGCCCCCUUCUGUGCUGACAACCCGCCAGAGCUGCCACCACCUAUGGAGCGCACUGGAGGCAUUGGGGACUCCAGACCUCCAUCCUUCCACCCUCAUGCCGGUGGGGGCAGUCAGGAGAACUUGGACAAUGACACCGAGACAGACUCCUUGGUAUCUGCCCAGCGGGAGCGGCCGCGCCAGAGGGACGCAAGAGACGGCCCGGAGCAUGCCAUCCGGCUCAAUGGCACCGCGAAGGGAGAGCGGCGGCGCGAGCCCGGCGGCUACGACAGCUCGUCCACCCUCAUGAGCAGCGAGCUGGAGACCACCAGCUUCUUCGACUCGGACGAGGACGACUCCACCAGCAGGUUCAGCAGCUCCACGGAGCAGAGCAGCGCCUCGCGCCUCAUGCGGAGACACAAAAGGCGGCGGCGGAAGCAGAAGGUGUCCCGGAUCGAGCGGUCCUCGUCCUUCAGCAGUAUCACGGACUCCACCAUGUCGCUCAACAUCAUCACGGUCACCCUCAACAUGGAAAAGUAUAACUUCUUGGGCAUCUCCAUUGUGGGCCAAAGCAACGAGCGUGGUGAUGGUGGCAUCUACAUCGGCUCCAUCAUGAAGGGUGGGGCUGUGGCGGCUGAUGGACGCAUCGAGCCAGGAGAUAUGCUAUUACAGGUAAACGAGAUCAACUUUGAGAACAUGAGUAAUGACGAUGCAGUACGAGUACUGCGGGAGAUUGUGCACAAGCCGGGGCCCAUCACCCUAACUGUAGCCAAAUGCUGGGACCCAAGUCCACGUGGUUGCUUCACAUUGCCCAGGAGUGAACCCAUCCGGCCCAUUGACCCUGCAGCCUGGGUCUCUCACACCGCAGCCAUGACGGGCACCUUCCCUGCCUAUGGCAUGAGCCCCUCCUUGAGCACCAUCACCUCCACCAGCUCCUCUAUUACCAGCUCCAUCCCCGACACAGAGCGCCUAGAUGACUUCCACUUGUCCAUCCACAGUGACAUGGCUGCCAUUGUAAAAGCCAUGGCCUCCCCUGAAUCAGGCUUGGAGGUUCGAGACCGCAUGUGGCUCAAGAUUACCAUUCCCAAUGCAUUCAUCGGCUCAGAUGUGGUGGACUGGCUAUACCACAAUGUGGAAGGCUUCACUGACCGGCGGGAGGCCCGCAAGUAUGCCAGCAACCUGCUGAAAGCCGGCUUCAUCCGCCACACUGUCAACAAGAUCACCUUCUCUGAGCAGUGCUACUACAUCUUUGGUGACCUCUGUGGCAACAUGGCCAACCUGUCUCUCCAUGACCACGAUGGCUCCAGCGGCGCCUCUGACCAGGACACUCUGGCCCCCUUGCCGCACCCCGGGGCCGCCCCGUGGCCAAUGGCAUUCCCUUACCAAUACCCACCACCUCCGCACCCCUACAACCCCCACCCGGGCUUCCCGGAGCUCGGGUACAGCUAUGGAGGGGGCAGCGCCAGCAGCCAGCACAGCGAAGGCAGUCGGAGCAGCGGCUCUAACCGCAGUGGCAGUGACCGGCGCAAGGAGAAGGACCCGAAGGCCGGGGACUCCAAGUCGGGUGGCAGCGGCAGCGAGUCGGACCACACCACGCGCAGCAGCCUGCGGGGCCGCGAGCGGGCGGCCAGCGAGCGCUCGGGCCCAGCGGCCAGCGAGCACAGCCACCGCAGCCACCACUCGCUGACCAGCAGCCUGCGCAGCCACCACACGCACCCGAGCUACGGCCCUCCCGGGGUGCCCCCUCUCUACGGCCCCCCGAUGCUGAUGAUGCCCCCGCCGCCUGCAGCCAUGGGGCCCCCCGGAGCCCCUCCGGGCCGGGACCUAGCCUCAGUGCCCCCGGAACUGACGGCCAGCAGACAGUCCUUCCGCAUGGCAAUGGGAAACCCCACCAAGAAUUACGGGCUGUUUGACUUUCUGUGAGCCCCCAGCAAAGGAGGCCCAGCCUCUGAGGAGACCAGGAACCCUGCUUCAGCAGCCCCUCAGGGCUUCCCAAGGAUGUCCAGCCCCCACACCCAUACAUCAAGGUCACUAGGCCUCUGGGGAGGGUCCUGCUUCAUCCAUGCAUGACAGACCCUUUUCUUUUCAGAGAGGGUAAAAGAAUGUAUUCUUUCUCCCCUGCCCUCUCUCUGUCUCUCGCUGUCUCCCUCCCUCCCCCCCUCCCUUUCCCCCUCCCUCUCUCUCUCUCUCUCUCUCUCUCUCUCUGUCUCUCUCUGUCUGUCACACACACACACACACACCACACACGUGCCUAUGCAAGUUCUCAUAAGCCUCAGGGCUGGUCCCUUCCCAGAGGGCUGGACCCUCUCUCCAAGACUUCUCCUAGGUAGUGGGCUGGUCCCUGACUUCCUCUUGCCUUCCUCAUAGCCCUCCAGUCUCCCACAGAUGUUCCCAACAUCUUUGUGCUUGGAUAAAGCUCAUAAAUUGAGGCUCAGGCUGGGCUCAGCAGAAGGCUGGGUUCUCUAGGUGAUUGACAGGUCAUUCUCUACUCCCUUCCAGCUCCUAUGUAUCCUUAUUUAUGCUCAUAUUCAUUGUGACACCCCAAAACAAAGGAAACCACAAAUCAGUUGAAAUUGGGCAAAAGGACUCCUGGGACUUCUUGAGGUCCAGUUAUUAUUUUUUACCUUACUUUUCACCUUAAACAAAUCAAAACUUUCUCUUUAAAAUUCUGCUAUAAAUUCUCCUGACUCAUGCAGGCUCUGUAUUUUCAGGGUGAAGGUGUCAAGAGUGAGAUGACAUUUGAGCUGGGGAUAUAGCUCAGUGGCAAAGUGCUUGCCUAGCAUGCUUGGGAUACUGAAUUCAAUCUCUAGCACAAAACAAAACAAAAAACAAACAAACAAAAAACCAAAGAUGAAGAGUCUUUGGCAAACUGAGAUCAGCACAUUUGGCAUUGAACCACUUAACAAAUAUUUCCUAGGGUUUUGGUGAACAAAGGGCUGUGUUGGAAGUAUGACUCAGUCUGGCUUGUCUUCUGGAAGCUUCAUAUUUCCCUGUCUGACUCUGCCUUGUCCUGAUCUCGAGAUUUCUUCCACAGUGCUCAUGCCUGGGGUGGCACUGCCUCCAUUCUCCCAUGGUCUAUUUCUCUUUCUUCUCUUUUCCCCAAAUGGUGUCAUCCAUUCUAAUGUCCUCAAUUGCUGCUGAUACGCUGGCAAUUCCAAAAUUUACAGCUCUAACCUUGACAUCCCCCAGUCUUUAGGUCUGUGUUUUUGUUACUCCAUAUCUCCACAGACAUGUCCCUGUGGGCUCAUCGAAUGUCCCUAGCUACAUGUGUUCCCCUAGAAUUCUUGUCCUGGUGACCAUCAUCACAAUCUACAUAAGCCAACCAGCUGGACAUAUUUAUGGGCUCAAGUUCCUUUUUCCUGUAUCUUAUUAGCAUAUCACAUCCUUACACUCAACAAUCUUUCUGGAAUUUAGCUGUUCUCUCCCUUUACCUCUAAUUUACCAGAGCAUGGGAUUUGAAGUCAGAUUGGUCUUCAUUUGAAUUCCAGUUCUGCUUUUGGUUACGUGAUAAGAGUUAUUUAAUCUCUCUGAGCCUCAGUUCUCUUGUAUGUAAAAUGAUAAUAAUACCUACCUCACAGGGUUGUUGUGAGGAUUUAAAAUUAGAUAUUGUACGAAAAGUGCCUAGCAUAGUGCCUGGCACACAAUAGAGUAGGUGCUCAAUAAAUGGUAGCUAUUAUUAUUA